GCCGACAUCCCACUUGCCCCCACUUCUCCCUUUAUUUAAUUAAUUGCAUCACUCCUUACCACCUUCUUAAUUUCAUCUAUAUAUCCACUUGUUCCUUUUCUAUUCUAUUCUAUUCUAUUCUAUUCUAUAUAUACUCACACACAAACUCAUCACAAGUUCAUCAAUCCCACUCAACCUUUCCCUUCAUCUCUUCCCUCCUUCUUCUUCUUCUUCUUCUUCUUCUUCUCUUAUAUAUAUAUAUCUCUUGAUCUUUGGCUCAACAUAUAUACCCACACACACACAAACUCAUAACAAGUUCAGUAAUCCUAGUCAAACUUUCUCUUUAUAUCUUCUCUUCUUCUUCUUCUUCUUCUUCUUCUUGGUUUGUUGUUCAAUAUAUAUAAAGUAUGGAGUCAAUAACAAUGGAGCAAUCAUCACUGAGUCUUGAUCUUAGUGUUGGUUCUCACUGGCUGUCUCAUCAACCCAUGAAAGCUACAAGGAAUUCAAAUGCAAUCACUAGUGGAGAGUCUAAAUCUAAAGAGGUAGUGAAUUUGAGGGCAGAAUUGAAUAGAAUGAAUGAAGAGAAUGAAAGAUUGAGUGAGAUGUUACAAAACAUGUGUGAAAAAUAUAGUGCUCUACAAAGCCAAAUGAUGGACAUAAUGAGUGAGUCCGGCUCCGAAGGUGGCUCCGCCGCGCCGGAGACUUCGCCGGAGAAGAAGAGGAAAAGACAUAACUCUAAAACCCAAAAUGAAAUUGUAAGUAAUGCAAUGGAUCAAAGCAUAUCAAGUGAUGAGUGUUUGAAGCCAAUCAAAGAUGAUCAAAUCAAGUCAAAGAUCACCAAGGUUUAUGUCCAAACAAAUCCUUCUGAUACAUCCCUUAUUGUGAAAGAUGGAUAUCAAUGGAGAAAAUACGGUCAAAAGGUGACUAGAGAUAAUCCGUGUCCUCGAGCGUAUUUUCGAUGCUCGUUUGCUCCGACUUGCCAAGUCAAAAAGAAGGUGCAAAGAAGCGCGGAAAAUCAGUCUAUAGUAGAGGUAACAUACGAAGGUGAACAUACGCAUAAUGCGCCGACAUCUCAAUCGGAUACACCGAAAGUGAAAAACAACGUUGUCGCAAAUUUUGUACCGGUAUCUAAACCAGUAACUGAUGAACAUAUUAUUAAUAUCAAGAAGAAGCCUCAUCUGGACUUUGAUUUAUCAGCAACACCACCAGCAGAGUUACAAUACCAAUUGGUUGAACAAAUGGCAUCAUCUUUAACAAAAGAUCCUGGUUUUACUGCUGCUCUUGCUUCAGCCAUCUCUGGAAAAAUUCUUAGUUUUUCUCCAAAUUAGAUUUAGAUUUAGAUUUAGUUUGUUGUUUUAGAAAAAAAAAAAAAAAAAUCUCAUUUUUGAUUUGACUUUAAAUGUAAAUACAAAGUCAAAACAAUGGGAAAUGUUAAUGAUAGAUUAUGAAUUGGGGUGAGACUUUUGAAUGUUGUUCAUUAAACGAAGCAUUUGGUUUUAUUCAA